UACGCGGACCUGAUAUCCAGAUAUCAAGGAUCUGGAAUAAACGCUGAACCGGCUUUCCAUACCUAGAGGCCCGGUCCAGAGCCGAAGAGGCUUAGUGAUGUGCUGGCCCUCGUCUCCCUUAAAAGGUUCCGAACGAUGCAGCGGGGCCCGUCCGCCCUCCCCCUGAGAUUACGACUAAUAAGAGAGGCAGUAUUUAUAGAAGACACCCCCUGCCCCAGCGGAUACCCCCUAAUCCGCGCCUCACCCCUUUUUUCCAUCCCGCCCGUGAACUUGCAACAUCUCCGCAGCUCAUCCUCAUUCGCGCCGCGUAUCCGCUAAGGCGCCGCGAGCUUUUCCCCUUCCUCGGGUGUCCUCGGCUCUAAAACCCCGCCGGGCAACAGCCAUGUCGACCGCCGAGCGUUUCGACUGCCAUUACUGCAAAGAGUCCCUGCUGGGGAAGAAGUACAUCAUGAAAGAGGACACGCAGUACUGCACUAAGUGCUACGAAAACCUGUUUGCCAACUGCUGCCAGAGCUGCUCCCAGCCCAUCGGAGCCAACUGCAAGGACCUGUCCUACAAGGACCGUCACUGGCACGAGGAAUGCUUCAAGUGCGCCAAGUGCAGCCGCUCCCUGGUGGAGAAGGCCUUCGCCGCCAAGGACGACCUGAUGCUGUGCAACGAGUGCUACGCUCAGGACUACUCGUCCAAGUGCACCACCUGCAAGAAGACGGUCAUGCCAGGUUCCCGCAAAAUGGAGUACAAGGGAAACAGUUGGCACGAGACGUGCUUUCUGUGCCACCGCUGCCAGCAGCCCAUCGGAACCAAGUCCUUCAUCCCCAAGGACGACGGCUUCUUCUGCGUGGGCUGCUUCGAGAAGCAGUUUGCCUACCAGUGCUGCGCGUGUAAGAAGGCCAUCACCACGGGCGGCGUGACGUACCAGGACAAGCCGUGGCACCGCGAGUGCUUCCUGUGCAUCAGCUGCAGGAAGCAGCUGUCGGGCCAGCGCUUCACGUCCAAGGAAAACUACCCGUACUGCCUGGAGUGCUACAGCGAGCUCUACGCCAAGAAGUGCGUGGCCUGCACCAAGCCCAUCACCAGUCUGGCCGGGGCCAAGUACAUCUCGUUCGAGGAGCGCCAGUGGCACAGCGAGUGCUUCACGUGCGGCCAGUGUUCCGUGUCCCUGGUGGGCCGAGGUUUCCUCACCCAGCGCGACAACAUCCUCUGCAGCGACUGCGGCCGCGAAAAGUGACCUGCUACGCUGGACGGCGCGUCGAGCUAAUGUUUACCGAUGAGAAGCGGCGCAAAGAUCAAAUAAGUGUCUUGGAACGAAAUGUUUGUAAAACUCUUUGAGGCUUUUUGUUCAGUUUUACACUAGGUUUUAGCUGCACAGGCAAGUCUUUUUUUAGCCUAACCCUACCUACUAUACCCUACUCGCCCUAUCUACCGAUUCUAUGCUAUGCUACCGCACUGACUAAAUUAUUGUCUACCAACCUGGUUACUGACCCUACCUACUAUACCCUACUCGCCCUAUCUACCGAUUCUAUGCUAUGUUACCGCACUGACUAAAUUAUUGUCUACCAACCUGGUUACUGACCCUACCUACUAUACCCUACUCGCCCUAUCUACCGAUUCUAUGCUAUGCUACCGCACUGACUAUAUUGUCUACCAACCUGGUUACUGACCCUACCUACUAUACCCUACUCGCCCGAUCUACCGAUUAUAUGCUAUGCUACCGCACUGACUAUAUUAUUGUCUACCAACCUGGUUACUGACCCUACCUACUAUACCGUACUCGCCCUAUCUACCGAUUCUAUGCUAUGCUACCGCACUGACUAUAUUGUCUACCAACUGGUUACUGACCCUACCUACUAUACCCUACUCGCCCUAUCUACCGAUUCUAUGCUAUGCUACCGCACUGACUAAAUUAUUGUCUACCAACCUGGUUACUGACCCUACCUACUAUACCCUACUCGCCCUAUCUACCGAUUCUAUGCUAUGUUACCGCACUGACUAAAUUAUUGUCUACCAACCUGGUUACUGACCCUACCUACUAUACCCUACUCGCCCUAUCUACCGAUUCUAUGCUAUGCUACCGCACUGACUAUAUUGUCUACCAACCUGGUUACUGACCCUACCUACUAUACCCUACUCGCCCGAUCUACCGAUUAUAUGCUAUGCUACCGCACUGACUAUAUUAUUGUCUACCAACCUGGUUACUGACCCUACCUACUAUACCGUACUCGCCCUAUCUACCGAUUCUAUGCUAUGCUACCGCACUGACUAUAUUGUCUACCAACCUGGUUACUGACCCUACCUACUAUACCCUACUCGCCCUAUCUACCGAUUCUAUGCUAUGCUACCGCACUGACUAUACAAUUGUCUACCAACCUCGUUACUGACCUUUACCUACUAUACCCUACUCAUCCUAUCUACCUACUCUACUCCUAUCUACCUGGUAUAUUUUACCCUAAGCACCCACUGUACCCUAUCCCCUAUCUAUUACCACCCUACCUACCAACUUGGACUAACGUCUUUACCCUACCUACUAUACUAAACCUUACUUUCCCCUUUUCCUACCUUUUGCAAUAUACAUUAGACACUACCUACUUCCUCCUCUUCCCUACCUACUACAUUUUACUCCAUGUACUUCCUUGUCUUUCCCAUUUUACGUAUGUCAGUGUUUAGUUUCCCAUUUACCUCCUCUCACCUACAUACUAGAUUAAUUUUUUUUUCGCAUUUUCCUGCUUCGAAGCUAAUUAUAGGGGGGGGGGAAACUAGAACUAGGUACUGACUGGCAUGCAUAUAAACAUCAAAUUUGCACACUUUCACAAAGCCCUUAAUAAACACUGUUC